AUGGCCGCCACGACCGGCCCCGCGUCCCGCCGGGUCUCGGUGUUCCCCUCCCCGCAGGAGCUGGGCCCGGCCCUGGCGCAGCUGGUGCUCGAACGGGCGGCGGCGGGCGGCGGGGGGGGGGAGCGCCGUUUCUCGCUGGGUCUUUCGGGAGGGAGUUUAGUGGAGAUCCUCGCCCGGGACCUGCCCCCCGCCGUCGCCUCCGCCGCCGUUUCCCCGGCCGGCUGGCUCUGGGCCUUCUGCGACGAGCGGCUCGUUCCCCCCGAGCACCCGGACAGCACCGCCGGGGCCUACAAGGCCCAGCUGCUGCCGCGGCUGCCGGUCCCCGGGCCGCGGGUGCUGACCGCCCCCCCCGGGCUGCCCCCCGCCGCCGCCGCCGCCGAGUACGCCGCUCAGCUCCGUCAGGUUUUCCCGGGUGAGGACAUUCCUGUCUUCGACUUAUUGCUGCUGGGGGUCGGACCGGACGGGCACACCGGCUCCCUCUUCCCCGGUCACCCCCUGCUCCAGGAGAAAGAGAAAAUCGUCGCUGCUAUCACCGACUCUCCAAAGCCGCCGCCGGAGAGAAUAACGUUGACCCUGCCGGUGCUGAACGCCGCGCGGAUGGUUGUGUUCGUGGCUACGGGGGAAAGCAAAGCUGCCGUUUUAAAGCGCAUUUUGGAAGGCGACGAGGAAAACCCCCUUCCCGCCGCUUGCGUCCAGCCUCGCUCCGGGCAGCUGCGCUGGUUCCUGGACGAGUCGGCAGCCAAGGAGCUGACCAUCCCCGUCGAGAAACAUUCCGUCUUGUAGAGCCGACUGCCGGCCGGCCUCGGGUGACGGUAACCGCGGCACUGGCGGCGUGACGUUCCAGGUGAAGAACGCCGCGUUCGAUCGUAGCGCUCGGUUGUGGCACAAACCACGGUUU